CGCACAUCCCCAAGCUCCAGACCGAGGUUAUUAACAGCCUAGAGACAUCCUUCAUCAUGCAUCUCCUCUCCAUUCUGGCCCUCAUCCCCACUGCCUUCUCCCUGGCAGUCCCUCAGUCCAUUCUUCCCACCGGCGAAACCGUCAAACAGGACAUCAUCAACAUCCAUAAUGCCGUGCUCGCCCUCGAUGCAACAGUACAAGCCUACGACGGCUCGCUCUUCCCCACGUCUCUAGUGGACGGCAUACCUGUGCUGCAGGGCAUAGCAAAGAUCCACAAAGUGAACCGCGCCGGAUUCCGGCACGCGCUUGCCGCGCUGCCGUUUAGCGUAAGCGAUUCAAAUGAUGUGAUCACCGCGGUGACGGACACUGUAAACAUUUCCAUCCCGGCCGCAACAGCGCAUCUCAAAGAGAAACUCCCAGCUUUUAGACAAAGCCUGUUGAUUCCUGUCGUGAUAGCGAGUCUAACGCUUUUACUGUCUGACCAUGACACGUUCAGUGUUGCGACGCUGGCGAAGGUGAGCCCUGGGGUGGGAGAGGCGAAGAUUCAGGAGGGUUCUGAUGGGGUUGCGAACAUCCACCAUGCGAUUCAGGAUGCGAUUUUAUUCUAUACUUUGAAUGUGGUGUGAAGUGAGCGUCACGAUCGUUAGUUUGGGGAGAAUGGAAGCCUGAGCGCAAGACAAGAUAU